CCUGGUUAAGAUACAAUCUCUUAAGGUCAAUCACGAAGUACGACUUUAUUGUUAUUGUUAUGAAGAUGCCACUGAUAAGGAACCCUUCAUAAACCCUGCCAUUCAGGUGAUUUCGUCUUGCUAGCAGCAUUUAAGCACGCCGGCUAGGCGUGGUGGUGACAAGGAAGUGGAUUAGUCUUAACAGCUGGCUUCAUGCGAGAGAUGAGCAUUGAUCGAGCGACUGACUGCAGUAGAGGUGGAUAAGCCGUGCUCCCCGGGCGCCCUCAUGGUUCAAGCGCUGAGUAAUGUCCGCUCCUUCCUGCGAUCUGUCUGGGAAAGGUUAUGCUGCAGGUCGAAAGACAGGGCUGGGGAUGACCCUGACAACGUGAGCCAUCAAAUAGACGGGCAACGCGAUCCCACCCUGAAUGUCGACAAGUCCCUGGACAAUGGGGACUCAGAACCGCGCUAUUUUGUCCGACCCGUAGAAAUUGCGAAUUACAGGGCGCUAUGGCCGUUUGAAGCCCGGGACAAGGAAGAACUGUCCUUCCAGGAGGGGGAUCUCUUCAGAGUAGUCUUGCGGGACGGAGACUGGUGGAUGGCCAACAAAGUGGACGUGAUGGGACGCGUCGUGGGCAAAGGAUACGUGCCUUAUAAUUACCUGGCAUCUGGUCAGACGGUCGAGGGAGAGCCGUGGUAUUUCGGGAAACUGAACCGCUUUGAGGCCGUGAAGCACUUGCAGGCCCCGGAGAAUAGGAACGGCGCUUUCAUGCUGAGACUCAGCGAGAAGGAGAACGUGGGCUACGUCCUGUCAGUGAAGGACAACAACAAAGUCAAGCACUUCAAAAUCUAUGAGGUCGAGGGAAGGUUUCACGUGGACAACAUUCAGAGCUUCUCCAGUCUUGCGGAGCUGGUUGAAUACUACAAGUCACACCCUCUGGCUUCCGUCCAGGGGCUAAAGAUUGUCUGUGCAAAGAUACAACCCCAACCUCAGGACCUCUCUCACUCCACGGUGGAUGAAUUUGAGCUCCCAAAAGAGGACUUCACUCUGGGAAAGCCGCUGGGAAGUGGGUAUUUCGCAGACGUCUACAGGGGGAAGUGGAGGAAUCACACCAACGUCGCCAUCAAAGUGCUGAAAAACGAGGGCCUGGAUCAGCGGGAGGUCCAGAGGGAGAUCCAGAUGCUGAAGAAAUACCGUCACAAGCACCUGAUCAUGCUGUUCGCAGUCUGCACCUCCACGCCGCCCUACUACAUCAUCACCGAGCUGAUGGAGAAGGGCAACCUGCUGAGUUUCCUGCGAGGCCAGGAGGGCAGAGUCCUGGACUCCAACAUCCUCAUAAACAUGAGCAUCCAGGUGGCUGACGGGAUGGAGUUUCUGGAGUCGCAGCAGUGCGUCCAUCGGGACCUGGCUGCCCGCAACGUCCUUGUUGGAGAGAACUACAUCUGUAAAGUGGCGGACUUCGGACUGGCUCGCUUCAUAAAGGAUCAAGUUUACGUUACUGAUGACACGAGGAUUCCCUACAAAUGGUGCGCGCCCGAAGCCAUCAGCCACGGAUGCUAUUCCAUCAAGUCGGAUGUGUGGUCUUAUGGGGUCCUUCUCCACGAAAUCUUUUCCUACGGAGGAAUACCCUACCCUGGCUAUGGCAAUGGUGAGAUGUACAACCUCCUCAUGAAUGGAUACAGGAUGCCUGCUCCCCCUGACUGCCCAGAUCGGAUCUAUAGCAUCAUGAAUUUGUGCUGGAGUACCGCACCAGAAAGCCGGCCCAACUUCAAAGACCUGCACCGAGACCUGCUCCACGUAAACGACUAUGACCUGGAGUAAAGUUGGACUGCUGUCUCAAUACCGACCAGAAGGUGGCAGCAAUGAGCUGUGCCAGGAAAUCACAGACGCCUCCCAGUGUAGUCAGUGCUUUGUGUCCGUUUAUUUCUCUUUCUUGCCUGCAUUUUAAACUCGCUUUAAUGGUUCCUGUUAAGAAGUACAUCCAGCACCAGGUUACUAAUGCUCUUUUUCCUUUACCUCAUCGUAAGAUGCUGUUGUUCAGCACAGUUUGUCAUCAGUUGAGUCAAGCAUUAAUCUAAAGCCAACAUCAGUUUUUCAUGCUUCUUGAAAAAGUUCAGGUUCCGCAUUUUGCUAGGAUAGCUGGGCCCCUCCUGGGUCUCAAACCAGCGACCCAGGGUGUGACUCAUCAGGUUAGGUUGCUGUGCGUGGAGUCGGAAGGCUGCUGGUUCAAACCUCAGGGUUAACAGUGAUUUAAUUGUUGGGUCAAAAAGCAGUGCCCUUAACCAACAUUACUCUGGCUUUGCUUUCUAAAAGAUGUUUUUAGAUUAUUGUCUGCUAAAUAGAUGUAAUGUUUGGGUCCUCGUGCUUUAACUGAUACACUGUAUCUUGUAAAAAGGUAAUUAUUCUUGUAAUCUGUGCUGUCGUUUACAGCCAACAUGAAUGAAGUUUACAUUUAACGCGUCUGAUAUUAAUAGGGGUUCCCAUGAUGGAAAAUAUCCGACCAAUAUUCUUAAGUACAUUGAUAUUUUUUGACCUCUUCUGGAUGAAUCAUGCAGUCAGGGCUGUGUACUUUAAUUUUUUUUUUACCCAGCUCUUCAUAAUAUAAAUUUAAGUAAGAUAGUGAAUAAUAUGAAUAUUUAUGAGAGCUGUGCAUAAACCAUACACCCCCGAACUGGUUUAUUGUUGAGAAAUCACUGUGUUUUAUGCAAGACACAAUGGAUUAAACAUUUCACUGGGUUCUGUCCUUAGUGCUGCAAUAAGAAUCCUUGCAUUCUUUGAAAGGCACUUUUUUUUUUACAAUUAAUUAUGUAAUAUGUAUGGGAAAAGUGUUUUGAUUUGUUUGUUAAAAAGACUUUAUAAUCCGUGUAAAUUUCUAUUUUUAUGUUUAAGUAAAACCAACAAGUAUUAAAAUAAGCUAAUACGUUUUUAAUGGUGGAUUGUUAUUAUGUAAAUAAGUAUGUAAAUAUUGCCAUAAGUAAACCUUUCGUAGUAUCUCAACUGAAACAUCCGUGGAAAGUUAUUAAGAUAGAUACAGAAUAAACAUAUUAAAAGUGUAGUAAA